AUGAUACCGAAUAGGGAAACACGUAAGAUUGAACCCAACUGCUCUAUAGGUAUCCCAAGAACAGUGAACAGGUUCUCCCCGCUGCUAUCGUAUAACUUGCCUUCAACACCUCCAAGUUGCAAAAAGGGUGGUGGGCUUCAACGUAGCAGGCCUUCUUACACGCAGACUAACGAAAACUACCAGAGAACUGGCCACCCAAAUCACCCCCUGAAGCCUAAAACCAUAAAUAAGAACGGUAAUAAUAGGUUUCUAACUCCACACCCUACCUACAUUCCCCAGGAUCGCAACUGUAAUUACUCUCAAAAAGAAAACUUCUCAUACCCUUUAGUGCCGACCCAUCACAUAACAACGGCUCCCAUGUAUAACAACAGUCGCAACUCCUCCCAGUUACGCGUAGCAGACCCCUCUCGCGCUAACGUAAAUAGCCAUAACAGGGGCUACGAGUCUAACCAUCAAGACUAUUUUGUAAAUAACCAUACACUUCACAGUAGGCCUGUGCAAGAUUUUUUUGGAAUAAGACCCCUAGUGACACCUCUGUUGAAGCACAUAGCCCAGGUUAUUUCAAACCACAUGCAAACCAUAAAUUUGUUUCCUCCGUACAGUUUCCAUCACAGAGUACUCCCACCCUUUCCUCCUGGGUAA